AAAUGUUAUGAGCUGCUACAAAUCAAUUUGAUAAUUAGUUGGUCAUGAGCCAAAUUAUGGAGAAAACAUUGGCUUCAUUGCCAAAACUUUUAACACAAACUCUUAUUGGCGGAAAAAACAGCAAAUCAUCAGCCCGACAACCUCUGCACCAAGAGGUGCAAAUUUUUAUGAAUGUUGUGCAUAGAGCUCGUUCCAAGACCCAUGAAGCAGCAAUAGUGCAUUCUGAAUUGACUGCAUUGCAGCAAAAGCUCAAGCAGGCUGAAGUAUCAAGUUCAUCUGUCAUGAUUCGGAAUUCUUUUACUAAAGCUAUUUUUUGUCAUCUUUUAGGAUACGAUGUCACUUUUGUUGCAAUUUAUGCAAUAAAUCUUGCGCAGCAGGGCAAAGGCUAUGACAAGAGGUUGGGGUAUCUGUUGUGUUGUCUGUUGUUACAUCCGCAUCAUGAGAUGGUCAUGCUGAUGAUGGCCACUCUCCUGCGUGAUUUGAAGAGUUCCAACAUGGGAGACAACUGUAUUGCUUUGAUUGUUGCUGGUCAGCUUGUUGGGGAAGAAAACAUUGCAAGUAUUUUACCUGAAGUGAUCAAAAAGCUGAAACAUUCCCAUGAGCUAGUCAGAGAAAAAGCAAUUUACUGCUUGCAAGCAUUCUACAACAGUUCUCCGGCCUUGGUACAACCUUCUCUUCCGCAACUUAAUUUAUUUCUGGAAUCUAGAGACCCUGGUAUUUUAUCAGCUGUGGUGAAUAUUUUUCUUAUUUUGGUUAGGGAAAACCCACACAAGUAUGUAAGCCUUGGAGGAAGUUUCUUGCAUAUACUUGAUCAAAUUAACAGUGGAGGAUUUGGUUCAACUUACUAUUACCAUAUGGUUCCGUUACCUUGGUUGCAAAUUAAUCUCCUGAAAAUCUUAGGUCACUUGGGUUCAGUGGAAGCUAGACUACAAAGUGCAAUAGCUUCUUUUCUGCAAACAUUAAUUGAAAAGACCAAGGUGACAGAGCCAGUGUCUUUAGCAAUUCUGAUAGAAAGUGUGCUGACAGCUGCCAAGAUUCAUGCAGAUGAGCAGCUGCUCAAUUUAUGCUCCCGUUGCAUUGGUAAACUGCUGUCAUCUGAUGCCAGUAACAGCAUGCGAUACCAAGGCUUAGGGCUUCUUAUAUCUCUGUCUAGAAUCAAAUCAUCCUUUGCAGCUCAACACCAAAGAGCUGUAGUGGAAUGUCUGGCUGAUGAAGAUCCAGCCAUCCAGUAUAGAACAACAUAUUUACUCCAUGCCAUGGCCAACAGAGCAAAUAUAAAACCUAUUUGUUCUAAGCUGUUUGAUCAGAUACAGAAAACAAAGGAUAAGACGUUUGUGGAUGACAUCAUAAAACUUAUUAGUGAUUUAGCAGAAAGGCUGGCUCCGGGAAUAGACUGGUACGUACAGACGUACUUGAGCAUUUUACAUCUCAAUGUUACACAUGACGUUCAGCUUCAGCUGACUGAACAGGUGUUGCUGAAAAUUGAGAACGUUUUCCAGACUGAAGACUCAGUUACAGUGGAGGAUAAGAGUAGUUUAAUGAGAGUGUUGUUGGAGGUGAUAAACCAGCAGAGCCCAUCACACCCUACUUUAAUGCUGUCCAUAGAGAUAAUGGCUUUAAUAGCUCCAAAACUUGGCACCAAAAUGCCGUUUAGAGAAUUUCUUGAUUCUGCUGAAAAGCUACUAUUGUGGCAAAACAAUUCAUUCCCUAGCCAUAGUCUGAUACCAAGACCUUCUCAAAGCAGUGAUGAAAAUGUGGAUAAAUAUCACAUCUCAAAUCUCAUGGAGGUCAAAUGUAGCUGUUUACGUGCAAUAAUUAAACUAGUUUUAGCCGGUUGUCUAGAAAUUCCGGCUUUGAGAGAAUGGCUUCAAAAACAGAAUUACAGACUUUUGAUUAGAGAUCCUAGAGUGCUCUAUCUACUGUCACUCCUGGAAGAUUUGAUCCAGAAUCCUGAAACUGUGACUCAAAUGUCUCAGAUUGUCUUUGACUCUUCCCAUCUAGAUUUGUCUUUGUCAUUCUUGGAUAAAUUUAUUGUACACGAGUUAGCUCAGGGUAAAGAAACUCUUAAACCCAAGUAUUUAAAAACUGAUCAAAAUGUUGAUAGCUCAGUUGGGAAUUUUACUGAAGUCAUUACAUCAGUGGAAACAAAUAAUUCCUCAUCUGUUGUCUCAAAGUCUUCCUCCAAUAUCAAAACCAAAUGGGUCGACGAAGAAGAGACUUCAAAUACCACAGAUCCGGAGAAAAAACCUGAAGAGAAUAUUGCUAAUGAAAUUUUUCUUGGUUUAGAUGAUACUGGGAUAUCAGAACAUUAUGGUUUCAACAACACAUACUCUAAAUCUAGAAACAAAUGGGCAGAUGAUGAGAAUGAUUUGCUGUCAGGAUUAAGUCUGAAUCCUUUUGGGAUCUCUAAAAAAAAUGCUCAGUUCUCUCGUUGGCACGAAGAAGAUGACACUGACAAUGCAUCCUGUAUUUCAGAUGCAGAUGCCAGCCAAUCCAGCUUCAUCUCCAACCAGUCUGAGAAAGUAGAAAGCCCUUUAAAUUAUCCAGGCCAGAUAAGUUUGCCCUAUUUGUCCGAGCCUUACAGCUUAGAAGCUGAAUUGUCUAGUUCAAGUUACAAUGCAACUGCUCAACAGGAAGCUUCUAUCUACUCUGAGUAUUUGGCAGAUGUGACCUCACCCAGUUUUUCACUAUCUACCAUGGAGACCCUCACAGACAGUGAGCCUGAAGAUGCCACUUGAUAGAAAACUUAAUUAUUUUCCCAUGUAUGUCGUCAGCUUGUAUGAUCUUGUCUUACUUUUUUUAGAUUGUAAAACUCAUUUUCCAUGACUCUGCAUUCUGUUUGACAGAUGGAUAAGACAGACCACUUCUAGCAAACCCACCGCAAACAAAUCUUAUUAUUAAUGAGUUAUUUUACAAUAAUUUUAUGUAAUGUGUAAGUUCUAAAAAAUGUAGGGCAAAAUAAGUAGUCUUGAAUAAUUUGGAUAGUGCCUACUCUUAAAAUUGUUAAUCAGGUAUAGGUAAAAAUGUGUUGUUUUCUUUUGGUAGGAUGAGAGGGUCACU